GAAAAGUUCCACGAGCGCGACGGUGACGCGCGCAGAGAGUUGCGGAGCGUGUGAGUCCUGAAGGGCAAAUAAGAGACUGGAGAAAACGACCUUAUCAAGGCGCAUUUCUCUCGUUCUUACUUCAUAUAGGCACAUGCACGUUGCAUUGCGCACGUUGACAGAGUAGAUUGUGUAUAUGCCGAACAUUUUAAUUAUAAGAGCUUGUGUCUGACAAGCAAAGCGUCAUCACGGGUUUCUGUGGGCAUGAUUUCUCUGGUGACCUACAGUAGCACGGGAUGCGCCGCACAAAGCGGGUCUGAAAUGCCAGACGGGAGACACAGAGACCUUCAGGAGGCUCGUGACAUCGAUUCUUGAGGAUAUGUUUAUUUGUUACCGGAUAUAAUUCCCCGGACCUUAAGGACGUACUCUAGUGCCGCCGGGAAUUUCGCUGCGAGGGAGCCGGUAUAAAUGAAAUUGGGUGCAAUGCAUGGAAAACUCUCCUGUAAAAUAACAUUUUGGGAUUUAUCGUAGCUAGUUAUUUAUAAUAAACACGCCCUACGACCAUCUCGAGCCUCUCAAAAGCCUGCUUUUACAUUCAAGGAGUCCUCGUUGACUGUUUGCUCGUUUACAUACUUUGAAACUUAAGAUAUUUAUUUUUUGGUCUUUUUUUUCUCUCUUUCUCGUUAAGCCAUGACAGGGAUGGCAAUUGCCUUGUUUUUCGAGAAUCUACUGAGUAAACUGUCAUUGCUUGGAUUAAAGAUGUUGGAUUCGGAUGUAAAAGUGGAAUAAUCAUUCAUAGAGAGCUGACAGCUGUAAGGACCGGACGUUGGACCUGCUAUAUAUUAUUUACACAACUAUUUCUGACUUUUCUUGGUGAACUCAAACAAUGGGGAUCAAGCUGAGAGUUAUCCUGGGAAUGUUUCAGUUCGUCUCACUUACCAGAAUACCAACACAAUGUGCCAAAACACCGUCAGACCACUGGAUGCCAACAGAGAGCCACAGAUCUGGAGAAGUGGUGAGGUGGUUAGAUGUUUAUCAGAGGAGCGGAUGUCAUCCCAGAGAGACGCUGGUGGAGGUUUGGCAAGAGUUUCCGUGGGAGACACAUCACCUCUUCCUGCCGUCGUGUGUAACGCUGCGGCGCUGUGGAGGCUGCUGCUCUGAUGAGGCUCUGGAGUGUGUGCCGUCACAAACACACACACUUGUAAUGGAGCUCAUGAGGACCUCAUACAUGAAGCAUGAACUUGUGCAGCUGCCUUUUAUUGAACAUAACCAGUGUGAGUGCAGGCAAAAGGGUAAUCUUUAUGCAGAGCCAACCAGGCAAGGCCCACAGACAACAAGAAAAGGCAGAAAGCGGCAAAGGGGGAAACCAAAGCGAAAGAAAUACACGGGGAAAAAGACGACUCUUGUGCCAACUACACCCCCUCCUCCUCCCCCUCCCACUCUCCCGCCUAGCUCCGCCCCUCCAGCACCUGCCAGAAAGACGUGUCCACCGUGCCCCACCCGCAGGAUGAUAUCACAUCCUCCCUCCUGUGAAUGCAGGUGCGGUUUGAGGGAGGUGAGCUGUACGAAGAGAGGAAAGAUACUCAACCAGCACAGCUGCCGAUGUGAAAUCCAAAGCGAAUAGUGAAAUCAAUCCACCCGUAUAAUCCACCGAUCAAACUUUGCACGGCUUUGAGGAGGUCAAAGGUUUGCUUAUUCUUUUGUCACGGACUCUGAAGUUUGGGACUCACUCAAAAAAGAGGGUUCAAACCACAGACCCACCCCCUGGCCCAUCUGGCUAUGUCCCACACAUUAUUACGACAGUAUUAGAUCCAUAAUCAUUCAUUCACACAUGUGUACCGCGUGUGUACAGAAUCCUACCGCUGAAGCUUUUUACCAUUAUGAUCCAAACCUAAAAUCACUUUUAACCAUUUGACGCUGUAUUGUGGACAUUCAGUGGGUCAAGCGUAUCGCUGGAAUACUAAAAGUGAACCAUAGUGUUCUCAUCGAGCUUUAUCCAAAACCAAUUUUGGGAUUUCGUUCAGCUUCGGCGGAUCCUCAUAGGCACGGACACACGGCUAGUGUGAUGCUAAGGAUGACGAGUGCGCUGAGAACUUUCAAAGGGAAAACUGAAUGAGGAAGCAGUCGUUUUUUUUCUACCAAACUACUUAAAGUGGAGAGUUUUUGAUGGGAUGGAUGUUGACAGACCUUCGGUGUCGAGAGAACUCGAGUGUUUGGCUACACAAACAGAGUAUCUCAUCCUGAGAACAUCCCCGACGUCUCCUCUGACCCUCGGCGUGUGAUAAAUGGACGGAUGGGUCGAUUAGACGGAUCGGCGGGUGUCUGUGUGGUCUGAAUUGUGCAUAAUAAGGAUCUGUGCGUCUAUCCUAAUUUAUUCCUGGCCUCUAUAAGUCCAUAAUGUGGCUUCACAGACUGUAUCAAUGAGUCUUUUUGUGUUUGUUUGAUUUGCUUUUUGUUCGGUUCCUUCCUUUGGGAAUUGAAAGCUUUUUCCCACUGGUUAGCCAUGAGAGGAAUGCCAAUCGUAUAGAAACCUGGCUAUAUUCCAUUGGUGCUCACCAAACACAAGUCUUCUCUCUCCCACACCCCCGAUCACACUCAUUUUUCGUCUCUUUCUUUAUCCCUUUUCACUUCAUCUGUCUCUUUUUCCUUCUUUCUCCCUCACACACACACACACACACACACACACACAGUCAUGCGUACACAUACAAAUUCAAGCAGGUAAAUAUAAGCUUUUCUGUGUCGAUACUGAAAGAAGAAUUUAUUUUAUCUAUCUUAUUCGUUUUGUAAAGUAUACUAAUGUUAUUGUAGUCCAUUUUGUUUCUUUUGUGUAUCUCUGUUAAUCCAACCUAUAGAGUCAGGCUGGGUGGCCGGCCGUGUGUUGAAUUUGAGUAAAAAGCUCUUAGGAAAAGGGAAAUGCCCGUUCUGUUUGUGUUAAGUCGGUCUUAAUCAUCUCACAGCGUUGGGCAUAUGAUGUAUUUAUUUUUUAUAUUGAGAUGCAUUUUGUAUUAUGCUUCGCCAUGUUUCUUUUGGGACAUUUAAUUAUCUGCUGCGACUGACGGUUUGAGAACGUUCAGUAUUUUUGGCUGAUUUCCUCAAAAUCAUGCAGCUCAGAUAAUGUAGCUGUCAGUCCAUUGUUGAGGAUCGUUUCAGUCACCAUCGAAGCCAGAGGCCGUGAACGUGCUUAUUUUCUAACGGUGGUCAUUUAACCAAACACUUCUUUCCACUAUAUAUGUAGCAUUAUUGAAUGAAAUGACCUCACUUUAAGUGAUUUCUCAGAUUAUUUCUUCAGUCAUUAUCUGCAAUAAUGUAAAUUAUUAGGAUCCUCAGCACCCUUUCACUCUUUAGACUACGCAGAUAUAAGAUAUCCACAAGUUAUCUGCGUUCCAGAACCACUGAUCUUUGUUAAAGUCAACAUGAAAUUUUAUUAGCAACCCAUUUUACUUCAGUCAGCUGAAACUGGUCUCCGGUGAGAUAAAAACUUAAUUUUAUGCAUUAACAGUUGAUUGAAUGGUGCGCAGAAACAAAUGGUGCAGGAUUUACUCCAAUUUUCACUCAGAACUUCCUAGUAAGUGGUGAGCAACGCAGAAAUGUUGAAAUGGAAAGCCUGAAAGAGUGUUUUGUUGUAAAAAAUGCCGGUAAUCUACACUGACGAUGUGAAAAGUAGGCGUUUCAAAACAAAAUGAGGCUAAAUCUGAAUGUUAGUUAGCUGUUUGACUACUGGUUAGCGUCAUCCAAUAGCCCAUCAGUGACGUGAGUGGGAAAGGAAAGUUGUUUCAGAGACAAAGCAAGUUAUUUUGAUGCGAAUGCAAACAUUGAUUUCCUCAGAAAGAUACACGCGUACAUGUGCGAACAGAAGUAAACAGGGUUGGUUUUGAGUUCAUGUUGACUUUAAGGUCUUCUCUGUGUGAACUGGUCAAUAUGUUGUCCUGUUUCCUCGGCUUUCCUUCACCUCUAUCGCCGCCGUGAAAUGUUCUGUGUGAAAUAUCCUCUUCUAUAAACGUAGCGUUUUCUCUCUCUCUCUCUCAACAGUGAUAUGUAUCAACUACCUCUGUGUCUGUACAGUUAACGUAACUAUCACAGUAAGAUUAUAGAACCGUGAAAAUAUAUAAAACGCAUACACAAAAUGCAUACCAUAUGAAUGUACCGACAGAACGUCAGUGUUUCCGAUCUCUUCUGUGUAAAGAUGAUUCCAGAACCCUUGUUGCUUUGAUUUUGUACGUAGAUCCGUGUCUGUCCGAUAUGUAUCCAGGUAGAUCAGAACCAAACAGAACCCAGUCCGCACCACAGUCUAUACACAAUAUAAGCUUUGAGUGUUUGUUUGAACGUGAUUAAUAAUGGUUAUUGCUGCUAUACCAUCUGUGCCCAAUUCUCCUGUGUGUGAACUUGUGUAUAAUAUUUGUUACAGAGAGACAUAACCUGCUCUGCUUUAUGUCUACAAUGUAUAUAAAUUCAAACGUAGGUCUGAUCACACGUACAGUAUAUAUAAAACACAACAGCCAUAAAGCAAUGUGCUAUAUAUUAAUAUAAAUAAAGUGAAAUGUCUUAUUUUUGAGAUA